GUACUGGGACUAAGUUGUUUUGUGCCACCAUGCCUAGCAGGGUACCUAAUGUUUAUUGAGCCCCUACAGGGUGCAAGAAUUGGACAGACAGCUUACAGAGUCAUCCUCCUGUGGCUUCCACUGCUCUGGAAAUGGGCCAAGAAAUAAACCGUAGAAUAACAUAAAGUUAAAAAAGCACUAGGUUAAAAGAAUGUGGGUGUGGUGCGAGAUGGGGGAGAGCCAGCUGCUCCGCCCAGGGCCCUCAGGGAAGAACUCUGGGAGAUGAGCUCUUCAUUUUUUCCUUGGGUUUUGGAGACAGGGUUUUUCUGUAGCCCUGGCUGUCCUGGAAUUCUCCCUGUACACCAAAUUCAAACUUGGGGAUUGGUUUGCCUCUGCCUCCUGCAUGCUGGAUCAAAGUGCCGUGCUGUGUGUGGCCUCAACACAUCUGACCGCUGUGACUUUGUCAGGAGGAAUCCCGACUGCCGCAGCGAAGGGGGCUACCUGGACUACCUCAAGGGCGUCUUCUGCUACUUCCCCCCCAACCUCCUCCCUCUGGCCAUCACCCUCUAUGUUUUCUGGCUCCUUUACCUCUUUCUAAUCCUGGGAGUCACGGCGGCCAAAUUCUUCUGUCCUAACCUGUCAGCCAUCUCCACUAGCCUUAAGCUCUCCCACAACGUGGCAGGUGUCACCUUCCUGGCCUUUGGAAAUGGCGCUCCAGACAUCUUCAGCGCUCUAGUGGCUUUCUCAGAUCCACGUACUGCUGGCCUGGCCAUCGGAGCUCUGUUUGGUGCAGGGGUGCUGGUCACCACUGUGGUGGCCGGAGGCAUCACCAUCCUGCAUCCCUUCAUGGCCGCCUCCAGGCCCUUCCUCAGGGACAUCGCUUUCUACAUGGUGGCCGUGUUCCUAACCUUCACCGCACUCUAUUUUGGCAGGAUCACGCUAGCGUGGGCACUGGGUUACCUGGGCCUCUAUGUGUUCUAUGUGGUCACAGUAAUCAUCUGCACUUGGGUCUACCAACGGCAGCGAAGCAGGUCUCUGGUCCACUCCAUAUCGGAGACACCAGAACUGCUGUCUGACUCAGAGGAGGACCAGAUGUCUUCCAACACCAACAGCUAUGACUAUGGAGAUGAGUACCGGCCUCUGUUGCUGGGUCAGGAGACCACGGUCCAGAUCCUGAUCCAAGCCCUGAAUCCCGUGGACUACAGGAAGUGGAGAACUCAGUCGAUAUCCUGGAGGCUCCUGAAAGUAGUCAAGUUACCUGUGGAAUUCUUGUUGCUGCUCACGGUACCCGUUGUGGACCCAGACAAGGAUGAUCGGAAUUGGAAACGGCCACUUAACUGUCUGCAGCUGGUCAUCAGCCCCCUGGUCCUGGUCCUGACCUUGCAAUCAGGGGUCUAUGGGAUCUAUGAGAUUGGUGGCCUCCUUCCGGUCUGGGCUGUGGUGGUGAUAGUGGGCACGGCCCUGGCUUCAGUGACCUUCUUUGCCACAUCUAACAGCGAACCCCCGAGACUGCACUGGCUCUUUGCUUUCCUGGGUUUCCUGACCAGCGCUCUGUGGAUCAAUGCAGCUGCCACAGAGGUGGUGAACAUCUUGCGGUCCCUGGGUGUGGUCUUCCACCUGAGUAACACAGUCCUAGGGCUGACCCUCCUGGCCUGGGGGAACAGCAUUGGAGAUGCAUUCUCAGAUUUCACACUGGCCCGCCAGGGAUACCCUCGGAUGGCUUUCUCUGCCUGUUUCGGUGGCAUCAUCUUCAACAUCCUGGUUGGUGUAGGGCUGGGCUGCUUGCUGCAGAUCGUCCGGAACCAUGCUGCGGAGGUGAAGCUGGAGCCCGAUGGACUGCUGGUGUGGGUGCUGGCCAGUGCUCUGGGCCUCAGCCUGGUCUUCUCCCUGGUCUCCGUUCCGCUUCAGUGUUUCCGGCUCAGCAAGGCCUACGGCCUCUGCCUCCUCCUCUUCUAUGGCUGUUUCCUUGUCAUGGUCCUUCUCACAGAGUUCGGGGUGAUUCACUUGAAGAAGGUCUGACUAAGGCUGCUUGGCCUGGAGUAAACGUUUAGGGGGUGAUUCUGUCUCCUGAGGGAAGAACAGGAGUGGGGGACCCUUCUGUGUUCCAGUGUAGCUCCCGAGAAGAUUGUCUGUCAGCGCCAGAGCUCUGCCUGGAUGCGAAGGUCCCCACUGCCAGCACCCAACAGCCUUAGUGUGGCCACCUGGAGGCUGGCUUUGCUGGGGACAAUCCCAGAUGGGAUUGGCAGGAUCUGAAUGACAACUGCGGCUCUGGGGAGGGCAGCCCUUCAGUCAGCCCCCAUCCCUGCUAGGCUCUAGGCAGCCCUGUGACUGUGUCAUAGGCUCUUCCACUCUCUGUGGGGGUCAGCUGAGCCCUGAGCACCAGCAGCAUGGCCUGGACAGACUCGGCAGGUGGAUUGCAGACUGGGUUUCUCAGCCUCCACAUCAGAUCAGCCAGAGGAAAUAGGUCAAGUUGAUAGCAGCAGGCACUGCUCUUUCCAUUCGGUGGCUGCCGAGUUGGACUGUGGUUCUAGACACUUCUAGAACUUUGUGUUCUGAACUCUGGCUCCCCAUCUACAAAACAGGAGCCAGCCUGGGCCCUGUGCCUACCUCAAGGGGAGCCAGGGAUGAGGGGGAGCCAGGGAUGAGGGUGGGGGGGCUGACCCUCCCCAGGGGCGUCUUGCAAGUGGUGUGACCAGCCUUUUAAAAAUGCCACUCAUUCCCUGACUGCCUUCAGCUGUAACUAAGAGACUUGACUGUUGUCUUGUUUUUUUUUUGUUGUUGUUGUUGUUGUUCCCCAAAAUAAAAGACGAGUUAUUUCUAGCAUA